AGCCACACUGGGGCCGAGACACGACCUAGACUCCUACGAGAAACAGCAGUGGGGAAUGUAUAAUUUAUAAUUUAUAAUUUAAGAAUUACUUGAACCGUUGGAUUGGUUAAGAUUUAAUCACAACCGUCCAUCGUAAAUUAGCUCUAUCCCAUCUCUCUCAUUCACUCUCGAUAUCUCCAACACUCCAACCCUGUCAUCUCUCUUGAAUCCGCGGCGCCGCUCCUCCGUCCACCUUCUCCGACGCGACUCCAACCAGCCACAAGCAAGCCACACACACAGACAAGCACACGCACCCUGCUAGGCCUCUUCUUCGACUUUCGAGUCCCAAAAUCCAGGUAAGGUUUUCUGAUUUAGGGCGGCCUUCACUUUUCGGUGCUCUUUCGAGUUUCGGUUCCAUAAAUUGAGUUCUAGAAUGGCGAAAAGCAAGGCGGCGAUUGGGCUCUCGUGGGAGCCAAAGUUGCCGGCUUUUUCAUCGGCCUCCAAAAAUCGAGAUGGGUCUGGCUCCAAACCUCGCCCCGAAGCUAAUCCGCUUUGGAAACCCAGCACGCAGCUUGUAGAUGGCCUCUUCGUUCCGCCGAAUGACCCGGUAAAGCGGAACAAAUUGGCCAAGAAGCAGAUCAAAGACACUGCUGGAACAAGCUGGUUUGACAUGCCUGCACCAACCAUGACCCCGGAGUUGCAGAAAGAUCUCCAAUUACUCAAGUUAAGGAAUGUUAUGGAUCCAAAGAGACAUUACAAAAAGGGGGAUGCACAACCGAACAAGUAUUUCCAGGUAGGGACAGUGAUAGAGUCCCCAUUAGAUUUCUUCUCAAGCAGACUUACAAAGAAGGAAAGGAAGGUGUCCCUUGCAGAGGAAGUGCUUUCUGAUCGUAACCUUGGCAACUACAGAAAGCGGAAGGUUCGCGAGAUAGAAGAGAAAAACCGGCCGGGUGGAAAUGAAAAAUGGAAGAUAAAGGGGAAAGGGUCGUAUCAGCGUGCAAAGCAAAGAAGGCAUUGAUAUAUCUUACCUUGGCCAAGUUUUUGAAACUCCGCAGAGUUAUUGAUUUCACAAUCAAAGAAAGAUUUUGAUCAUUUCUACUUUAUUUAGUGAGAGUUUCUUGACAGCUUCUGUUACUGCUUGCCUCUGCUAAGAACCCAGAUCCCCAAAAACCUAGUCUAAAGAUCAAAUGAUCCGGCCGUUAAAAUUUGAUCAAACAGUUACAAUUAUUAUAACUUUUGGAAAGGUUUCUUGUUUGUAACCGUUGGAUUAAAUUUUAACGGUCCAGAUUAUUUGAUCCUUAGGCUCAGUUUUUGGGGAUCCGGAAAAGAUCCGAAUUCCUCUGCUA